AUGGCGCAGAACCUGUACAGCCCGCGGGUCCGGAUCGGCAACUGGAACGAGGACAUCUACCUGGAGGAGGAGCGCCUGAAAGACUUCUUAAAGAAGCGGGAUGAGGGGGGACUUCUCAUACAGAGAAGCAGAAGACUGAAAAAGAACCUUCUGAGACCGAUGCAGCUUUCUGUGUCCAAAGACGGAUACGUCCAUUACGGUGACAAAGUGAUGCUUGUGAACCCCGACUAUGCCGAGACAGAAGCUGACCUGUUCCUGGCCGGGGACCUGGCCCUGAGCAUGACUCCAGAUGAGAUUCAAGCCCACCUGAGUGACGCAUUAGAGGUGCCCUGUGGCCUGAGUGCGGUUCAAACCAAGGUCCCGGUCGGCAGAAACACUUUUAUCGUUUUGAGCACAGACAGAGAUGCUGCUGGUCAAGUCCUUAGGUACGGGCAGGACUUUUGCCUCGGGAUAACGGGAGGAUUUGAAAACAAAAUGCUGUACUUAUCCAGCGACCACAGGAGCCUUCUGAAGUCGUCCAGGAGGUCUUGGCUGCAGGAGGCGUACCUGACGGACGAGGUCUCCUACAGGAGCUGCUGGCAGGCCGCCUUGCCCGACCCGCAGCUCCGCCUGGAGCACGAAGGCUUCCCGGUCCCGGCCAACGCCCGAGUCCUCAUCAAUCACCGCCACACGAACCGCGGCCUGGCAGCCCACCGGCACCUCCCGCUCAGCACCUACUUUGGGAAGGAAGCAGAGGUCGUGGCGCACACGUACCUGGAUUCGCACCGCGUCGAAAAGCCAAAGAACCACUGGAUGCUGGUUACCCGGAACCCCAGGAACGACUCGCCCACCAUGCUGGACCUGCGCGGACCGCCGGCCGAGGACACCCGGGCCGUGGAGCAGGCCAUGGGCCUGAACACGCAGUGA